UCUUUUGGGUUUCGAUUUGGUUCAUUGAUUUUCAAUGGAAGCUGUAGCAUCGAGCAUUGCUGACGCAAUGCUUUCCUCUCUGUUUGACCAUAUAUUUGAAAGAUUAUUUGCCUCCUCAGAGUUUCUCAACUUUGUCCGGCAAGAGCAAGUCUUGUCCCAACUCAACAAGUGGAAGAACCUGUUACCAAAGAUCAGAGCCAUUCUCGAUGACGCAGAGGAUAAGCAAACGGUCAGUCGAGCGGUGAAGCUCUGGCUCAGCGAUUUAAAAGACAUGGUAUAUGAUGCUGAAGAUAUCAUUGAUGAAAUUGCCACCGAGGCCCUGCGCCGGAGAAUACUGGGGGAGACUCAGAUGACGAGCACCGGCGGUAUGGCAUGCCGUUUUUUCCCAAGUUGUGUUACCGGUCUGAAUUUAAGUGGUGUUAAGUUUAGUGCACGGAUGGGUUCUAAAAUAGAAGAUAUCACUGUUAGAUUUGAAGGUAUGGUUGAGCAGAUGAAUGUUUUGAAUUUGCUGGGGAGGAGUGAUGAAGGGAGAUUGGAGAGAAUAAGGGAUGGGCUUCGGUCGACGAGUUCUCUUGUUGAUGAAUCUCAGGUUUAUGGCCGGGAAAUGGAUAAAGAUGAGAUUAUUCAACGGCUGAUGAAUGUUGAAAUUGGUGAAAUUGGUGUGGUUUGUGUUGUGGGAAUGGGGGGAGUGGGUAAAACCACGCUUGCUCAGGUGACUAAGAUUCUAUUGCAGUCUGUCGCUAAGGAGGGUUGCCAUUCCAAGGUCGACCUAAAUUCGCUUCAACUGAGGCUAAGGGAGGAGCUUUCUGGAAAGAAGUUUUUGAUUGUUUUAGAUGAUGUUUGGAAUGAGAACUAUGAAAGGUGGGAUGUUCUACGUAGACCCUUCUUGGCGGGAGCAGCUGGUAGCAAGGCCUUGUCUGAUGAUGAUUGCCUUUCACUUUUUGCCACACAUGCUCUUGGAGCUAGUAAUUUUGAUGGACACCCAAUUCUAAAAGGAAUUGGUGAAGAGAUAGUGAAGAAGUGCAAAGGAUUACCAUUGGCAGCCAAGACAUUAGGUGGGCUCCUGCGUGGUAAAGCAAAUUAUGAUGAGUGGGAAGAUAUGCUGAGGAGCAAAAUAUGGGACAUACUAGAAGAAAGAGGUGGCAUCGUUCCUGCUUUGAAGUUGAGUUACCAUCAUCUUCCUUCCCAUUUGAAGCGAUGUUUUGCGUAUUGUGCUAUUUUUUCAAAAGACUAUGAAUUUGACAAGAAUGAGCUGGUCCUACUAUGGAUGGCCGAGGGUUUGAUACAAGACGCCAAGGGAGGAAAGCAAGCGUGGGACCUAGGUCUUGCAUAUUUUCAUGAUUUGCUUUCAAGGUCUUUUUUCCAACGGUCAAAUAGCAACAAAACAUUGUUUGUUAUGCAUGACCUUAUAAAUGAUCUAGCUCAAUCUGUUGCUGGAGAAAUAUGCUUUCAUUUUGAGAAUAACUGUGGAGAUAAACUGGCUGCAAGUAUUAAAAAGCUUCGUCAUUUGUCAUUCACUCGUCGCCAAUAUGACAUUUUCAAAAGAUUUGAAGUAUUUGAUUCAGCGAAGUCUUUACGGACUUUCAUAGCAUUACCAGUUGAUACAUCAUCUUCAACAGCAUGCUGUUACUUGAGCAAAGAUGUGUUGCAGGAGUUGGUGGCAGAAUUAAGAUACUUAAGAGUGUUAUGUUUGAGUGGUUACUGCCUGGACAAACUACCGUAUUCUAUUGGUCAUUUGGAGCACUUGAGGUACCUUAAUUUGUCUUACACUACAAUUACACAGUUACCAGAAUCUGUGGGUUACCUAUUCAACUUACAAACAUUUUUAUUGUGUGGCUGCAAGGAGCUUACUAAAUUGCCACAAGGUAUUGAAAAUCUGAUUAACCUUCUUGUUUUUGAUCUUACUGAUACUGAGAAAUUAGUGGAGAUGCCACUUCACAUUGGUAAUUUGAAAAGCCUUCAAAUUUUGUCCAAAUUCAUUGUGGGAAAUGACAAUCAGUUUGGCAUUAAAGAAUUGAAGGAUUUGAUGCAUCUAAAAGGGGAGUUUUGCAUUAUGGGGUUGGAAAAUGUGGUUGAUUCUCGAGAUGCUUGGCAUGCUAAUCUAAUGGAUAAGCAGGACCUUGAUGCCUUGGAUUUGAAAUGGAGUGAGUUCCUUGAUUACCAGAACGAAGAAGAUGAAAUGCAUGAGCCAAUGUCAGAAUGGAACUUGGAAUCUCUAACCUCUCUUAAAGAGCUCAACAUUGCUGGUGCCCCUAAUAUAACUUCCUUCCCGGAUGAAAAUUGUUUUCUUCCUACGAGCCUCAGCUUGAUUUUCAUUGCAAGACUCAACAAUCUGGAAUCUCUAUCCCCAGCACUGCAAAACUUGACCUCACUAGAAGAACUAGAAGUUGUUGACUGUCCAAAGCUGAGACACUUGCCAAGGGAAGGCCUGCCUGCAACACUUGGAAGACUUUGUAUCAGAAACUGUGAACAUUUAAAACGAAAAUGCUUGAAGAAGAAAGGAGCUUACUCAACGAGGAUAGCCCACAUCCCCAAUGUGGAGAUAGAAUGCUGCAUGAUUCUUCUCGUAAUGACCUUUUCACUGCAAUUGCAGAUUAAAUUCAAAAAGGGACAGCAGAUGUUCAAUAAACUCUUGCAAGAUGUUUUUGGGAUUUCUCAUUUUCUACAUACGGAUGGAGGGAAUAUCAGUGAUGCCCAAAUACAUUUGUUCAAGAUAGAGCUACAGCCUACAAGAUUGGAAGCAUAUAUACAGAGAAUGAUAAUCCAUAAUCAUUACCUCUAAUGGUCAUGUCAUGGGGACCUUCUUUCUCAUAACUCUAUGCUCACAUUAAUCAAAGUCAAUCUCAAAAAUAUUUGAAAUAAAGAAGUCUGCAGUUUGAUACAUCCUGAAUUGUGUUUUUGAUUAUGAGCCCUGUAAACUCUGUUUGUUUCAUUUUCAGGCAAAUAGUUUUGAAUUUCUUGUUGCUUUCUUUACAGAUUUUGAGAUCAAUCAUGGACUAUGUAUUGUUUUUUCCUGCCAAUCAACUAGUCGAUUACAC